CCCACUGUGAGAAUCUCUCCUGCCCCUUUGCUGAGCUGGUGGUACAGUUCUGUCAGCCGGUGGAGACGGUGUGAGGUGACAGAAGCGGACAUGGCGGGCCGGAGUAUGCAAGCAGCGCGGUGUCCUACGGACGAACUCUCCCUCUCCAAUUGCGCAGUGGUUAAUGAAAAGGAUUUCCAGACUGGAGUGCAUGUAAGCGUGAGGACUUCACCAAACCAUCGCUACAUCUUCACCGUAAAGACCCACCACACGGUGGUGCCGGGGACUAUUGCUUUCAGUCUCCCUCAAAGGAAAUGGGCCGGGCUCUCCAUUGGUCAGGACGUAGAAGUUGGAUUGUAUAACUUCGACAAGACCAAACAAUGUAUUGGAACCAUGACCAUCGAGAUCGACUUCCUUCAAAAGAAGAGUGUGGACUCCAACCCCUAUGACACAGACAGGAUGGCCGGAGAGUAUAUCCAGCAGUUUAAUAACCAGGCCUUCUCUGUCGGGCAGCAGCUGGUGUUCAGUUUCAACGAUAAACUUUUUGGGCUGGUUGUAAAGGAUAUUGAAGCAAUGGACCCAAGCAUCCUGAGGGGGGAGCAACCCUCCGGCAAGAAACAGAAGAUUGAAGCCGGUCUGGUGGUGGGAAACAGCCAGGUGGUUUUUGAAAAGGCAGAUAACUCCUCCUUAAAUCUCAUAGGUAAAUCAAAGACCAAGCAAGACCGUCAGUCUAUCAUCAACCCCGACUGGAACUUUGAGAAGAUGGGUAUUGGUGGUCUGGACAAGGAGUUCUCGGACAUUUUCAGACGAGCCUUUGCUUCAAGAGUCUUCCCUCCAGAGAUUGUGGAGCAAAUGGGGUGCAAGCAUGUGAAAGGCAUCCUUCUCUUUGGUCCUCCUGGUUGUGGUAAGACCCUCAUGGCUCGACAAAUUGGUAAAAUGCUAAAUGCCCGUGAGCCUAAAGUAGUCAAUGGUCCUGAAAUUCUAAACAAGUACGUUGGGGAAUCUGAAGCUAACAUUCGUAAGCUGUUUGCUGAUGCCGAGGAGGAACAGCGGAGGCUUGGUGCCAACAGUGGUCUGCACAUUAUCAUCUUUGAUGAAAUAGAUGCCAUAUGUAAGCAGAGAGGCAGCAUGGCGGGCAGCACUGGCGUCCAUGACACUGUAGUCAACCAGCUGCUGUCUAAGAUUGAUGGUGUGGAGCAACUUAAUAAUAUCCUAGUUAUAGGGAUGACCAACAGGCCAGACCUGAUAGAUGAGGCUCUUCUGAGACCUGGUAGACUGGAGGUCAAAAUGGAGAUUGGCUUGCCCGAUGAGAAAGGUCGCCUCCAGAUCCUCCAUAUCCACACUGCGCGCAUGAGAGAACACCAACUACUAGCUAGUGAUGUGGAAAUUCCCGAGUUGGCCACAGAGACCAAAAACUUCAGUGGAGCUGAGCUGGAGGGACUUGUGAGGGCAGCACAGUCCACAGCCAUGAACCGACAUAUCAAGGCCACCAACAAAGUUGAGGUUGACAUGGAGAAGGCAGAACGCCUGCAAGUAACAAGGGUAGACUUCUUGACAUCUCUGGAGAAUGAUAUAAAGCCUGCCUUUGGAACUAACCAAGAAGACUAUGCAAGCUACAUUAUGAAUGGCAUCAUUAAGUGGGGAGACCCAGUGACCCGGGUCUUGGAGGACGGGGAGCUGCUUGUCCAGCAGACAAAGAACAGCGACCGAACACCCCUUGUUAGUGUUCUUCUUGAAGGUCCGCCACACAGCGGCAAGACCGCACUGGCUGCCAAGAUCUCUGAGGAAUCUAACUUCCCAUUCAUCAAGAUCUGCUCACCAGAGAAGAUGAUUGGCUUCUCCGAGACCGCCAAGUGCCAAGCUAUUAAAAAGAUAUUUGAUGAUGCUUACAAGUCGCAACUGAGCUGCGUUGUUGUAGAUGACAUAGAGAGGCUGCUAGAUUAUGUGCCGAUUGGUCCCCGUUUCUCCAAUCUGGUGCUGCAGGCUCUGCUUGUGCUCUUGAAGAAAGCCCCUCCCCAGGGUCGUAAACUACUGAUCAUUGGCACCACCAGCCGCAAGGAUGUUCUUCAAGAGAUGGAGAUGUUGGAUGCUUUCAGUACAACCGUCCAAGUUCCAAAUAUCAGAACAGGAGAUCAGCUUAUGGAAGCGCUGGAGCUCCUGGGUAGCUUCAAGGACAACGAACGCUCCAUCAUCGCACAAAAUGUGAAGGGAAAACCAGUUUACCUUGGAAUCAAGAAGCUGCUAAUGUUAAUUGAGAUGUCCUUGCAGAUGGACCCAGAGUAUCGUGUUAGCAAAUUUCUUACCCUCUUAAAAGAAGAAGCUUCAGAACCACCCCGUCAUCGUGACUACGCUUAACUGGACAUCUCAUUGGUGUGGGCAUGGGCACUAGAGGAUGUCUCCUUCAGAACCAGUAACAUUCCACCCCUUACCGUCUGUUCCUGGGAAGGUUGGAUUCUUGAAGCACACCACAGGUCCCCUUAGUACUGUGUCGCACAGGACAUGCAUGUUAUCUGACAACACUUUGUCAAAAUGUUACACCACCUCGGCUUUGUACAUCCAUUCUGCUCCUAAGUUAUAUGAAUGCACAAGGCGGCCAUGUUGUACCAGCCUCUUGUCAGAGCUCUCCAUGGUAUGUUCUUUGUAUUCCUUAGUGUAAUAUGGUGGGACAGAUGGACAAGGUGGCCUUUGGUGGUAAAGUCAUUUUGUACCAUUCUCAUAUUUAAAUUGAAGUUCUGUACUUUAAUCUUGUAGCAGUCAGAUCUGAUAGGCACAGACCAGGCUGCAGCAGCCAUAUUGGAAUGUGUGUUUAUUAACCUGUUCAUGCUCAGUACGAUUGUCCAGAACUCACUGCAGUGGCAUUACCCUGAUUUUAAUUACCUUGUGUUAUCCACACAGGAUUUAAUCGCUAAACAAGUGGCCAGAUUGUACAGCCUGUUGAUCUGUGGCACUUUAUUGUGAAUAUUUAUUUAAAAAUGUCCAAAGCAAUUACAUAUCAGUGUCUGUGGUUCCUGCUGCUGUGGAUGUUGUCACCUGUACAGCUCUGAAAACGGUUUGUACAGAUAAAGGGUAUUAUUACUUUCUCAUAUGGUGUUUGCCAAUAAUGUUGUCUUUGUUGAAGAAUUUGUGUUAAAGUGUGCCCAUCAUCAUCACAUAGGCAGCAGAUCUGCUGUGAUUUGAAUGGCGAUAUUGGAACCGGAGUCUAAAGAGGGGCUUGGUGAAACGUAUGGCUGCCCUGCUACAUGAGGAUGAUGGAUACACUUUAAGUUUUAUUGUCAGGAAUCCGGUUUAAACCUACAUAAAGGUGUUGAUGGGGGUUGCAUGUCUCUAUGGAUGGAAUAUGCUGUGUCCCUUCAGACUGCUCAGAUCCACACUGUCUGUCAUAGCCGAGUCCACCUUCCCGUCCCAUCCAUGUCUCCCCUCCUUCUGGUAUCAUGUGAUGUGACUCUGUGGCCCUUUCCCUCUCUUCUGCUUUACAGACACAUGUUUUAUCCUCCGUCCCACAGUAUGUGUAUAUUUUAUUGUGGAUUUAAGAUGAAAUGAAUAUUCUGUGGGUUAUUACUGCUGAACAAUCAUUGCAAUAAAGAAACUAUUUAUCGGA